AUGGCGCACUGCGGUAGCCGCGAUGAAUACACGGUCGGAUGGGUGUGCCCCAUGGAAGACGACCUCACUGCGGCGCAGAUAUUGCUUGACGAACAACACCAAAGUCCAACUGUCGACGAUACGGAGGCAAACGUAUAUAAGCUUGGUAGCAUCGGUGACCACAAUGUCGUCCUUGCAAGUCUGCCAGCGGGUAAGAUCGGGGCUAAUUCCGCCGCAACAUUGGCCACUGAGAUGAAACACGCAUUCCCAGCUAUUCGAUUCUGGCUGCUGGUGGGAGUCGGAGGUGGUGUGCCAGGGAAAAAUGUAGAUAUUCGACUUGGUGAUGUUGUUGUUAGCCACCCGGUGAAUGACCAUGGCGGCGUGGUGCAGUAUGAUCUUGGAAGAUACAUUCCAAGUGGAUUCAAGAGAAGGGGAUUUCUCAAUGGGCCACCUGCAAUUCUCCUCGCCGCAAUCAUGAAGCUGCAGUCAAAUCAAGACCUCGGGAGAAGUAGCCUGACGCCAAACUUAUCGAGGCUCAGCAAACAGCCAAAGUUUCGACACGACCAAGCAGGCAACGAUGUUUUAUUCGAAGCGACAUACAGUCAUGUCGGUGAUGAAGGCUGUGUAUCAUGUGCCUCUUCAAAGGAGAUCAAAAGACAGCAACGAGUGGCCGGACCACCAGAGGUUCACUACGGUACGAUUGCAUCGGGCAACCGAGUCAUGAGAGACGGUGUGGACCGGGACAAGGUCUGCUCAGAAAUCGGAGAAGUUCUCUGCUUUGAAAUGGAAGCAGCCGGCCUGAUGAAUAAUUUCCCCUGCCUGGUGAUUCGGGGGAUCGGUAACUAUUCUGACUCCCAUAAGAACAAGCGAUGGCAGCCAUAUGCGGCAGCGACAGCAGCGGCGUACACAAAGGAGCUACUGCUCAUAGUACCGGUGAUAGAGGUGGUGAAAGCGAAGAAAGCCAAUCAACCGAGUACCGAUCGGAUGCCAUAUUUCUCCCUUCCCUUUCUGAGGAAUCUGCAGUUCAUUGGUAGAAGUUCAGAGCUUCAUGUGCUCAGGCAGAAACUGCUAAUAGACAAAGAUUGCCAGAGGAUGGCCAUCAGUGGCCUUGGUGGAAUUGGGAAGACGCAAGUGGCAUUGCAGUUCGCAUAUUUUGUCAAGGAAAACUAUCCAGAAUUUUCAAUCCUCUGGUUACAGGCGAUGAACAUGGAGACCUUCAGGCAGGGCUACAUGGGGAUUGCACAAGCAUUAGGAUUACACCGACAGCUGGAGCCUACAGAAGACUUGAAAGUGCUAGUUCAGCAACGGCUAUGUGCGAAGAGUGCAGGAAAGUGGCUUCUAUUUGUUGACAACCUUGACGACGUGGAUUUACUUCGCGGGCAAGGUCGAAUGAAAGGCGUGCUGGACAUGUUACCGGAAAGUGAUGAUUGCCUGACACUAUUCACGACACGACACGGAGCCGUUGCCCAGCACCUGGUUGGUAGCGAUGUGAUUGAACUAGGGAAGAUGACAGAAGAGGAGACCAUGGACAUGCUGGAAAGGUCAUUAAUUCGAAAGACCGACUCUCACGGCAACAAGGACAUGGUGGAUCUCCUCGCCGAGCUGGAAUAUCUGCCUUUGGCUGUUACACAGGCAGCAGCGUAUAUUAACACAAACAAGAGCUCUAUAUCCGAGUAUCUAAGCUUGUUCAAGAACACGGCGGAAGAUGCUAUCGCUAUCAUGAGCUCGGAUUUUGGUGACAAAAUGCGAUACUCGAAUUUGACAAAUGCAGUCGCGAAAACAUGGACGAUAACGUUCAAUAAGAUUCAGUGCCUCGAUCCUAUAGCGGCGAAUCUCCUCAAGUUUAUGUCUUGUAUCGAAUGGAGGGCAAUACCAUACUCAAUUUUACCAGCAACCUGCUCGAAGGCACAGCAAGCAAAGGCCAUCGGCGUACUCUGCUCCUUCUCGCUUAUAGAAAGGAUAGAUCAUGGCACCAAGUUCAACAUGCAUAGGCUAGUCCAUCUAGCGAUCAGGAUUUGGGUUGCAAACAACGGUCAACAAAAGAAGAUAAUCAUGGCGGCAUUCAAACAACUCUCGGCGGUAUUUCCAUGUCAUUACCAGACCAACCAUGAAAAAUGGCGAGAGUAUAUGCCACAUGUGGCUCAUAUAGAGCGAUAUAAGUCACAUUCCGACUCCGCCGAGAGGGCCGAGCUCUGUCUGAGGGUUGCCAAGUGCCUAUUGGUUGAUGAGCGUGCGAAAGAAGCCACUGUCUGGCUGCGACGGUCUUGUGAAUGGAGGGAUAAGAAUCUUUCUCCACAUAACGUGCAGAGACUUACCUCACAGCGUUAUCUCGCCAUGGCAUAUCGACAAAACGGACAGCUCAAAGAGUCAAUCGGGCUAUUUGAGUAUGUUGUUGCGAUUUCAGCGGGCGUACUAUCAGAGGAUGACCCCGAUCGCCUAUCAUCACAGUCCCAGCUUGCGAUAUCAUAUCAAGCAAACGGACAGACUGAAGAAUCGACCAAGCUUCUUGAGGGGAUUGUUCGUAUAUAA